GGAGGGCUCUUCCGGGGCCGGAGCCAACCCACGGUGUUGCUGUCAGGGCUGCACGGCGGGAGGGAGCCCAGGGGAGGCGCCCUCCACCGCCCAUGCAGCCCACUCAGCCAUCUGGCUACUGAUGUCAUGAGUAACACGACAGUGCCCAAUGCCCCCCAGGCCAACAGCGACUCCAUGGUGGGCUAUGUGUUAGGACCCUUUUUCCUCAUCACCCUGGUCGGGGUGGUGGCGGCCGUGGUAAUGUAUGUGCAGAAGAAAAAACGGGUGGACCGGCUUCGUCAUCACCUGCUUCCCAUGUAUAGCUAUGACCCUGCAGAAGAACUCCACGAAGCUGAGCAGGAGCUGCUGUCGGAUGUGGGAGACCCCAAAGUGGUACAUGGCUGGCAGAGCAGCUACCAGCACAAGCGGAUGCCCCUGCUGGACAUCAAGACAUAACCAUCCACGCCCUGCCACCCACCCAGAUAGGUAGGGCGUGUCUAUUCUGAGCACCUAGAGCUGGCCCGGAGCCAAGCCUGCUAGGCGCCAAUGGGUGGCUUUGCUUCCUCCGGCCUAUUCCCAUGGCGAUGGGCCCAGAUGUAUAGUUGUAUAUAUUUUGUAAAUAAUAAACUUUUGUGGCUUCAAGUUA